AUCUGGGCUCCUACCUGGGUGAGGUGACGCUGCCUUUGCAGGAAGGAGGAAGCACUGAGUGUCUCCUCCCUGCUGUCCCUAGCAAGGCCUCUGCUCUAUCCAGACCCUGCCCCCGCCAUGUCUGCCUCUGCCGUCUUUAUUCUGGACAUGAAGGGGAAGCCCUUGAUUGCCCGGAACUACAAGGGGGAUGUGAACAUGGCAGAGAUUGACCACUUCAUGCCCCUGCUGAUGCAGAAGGAAGAGGAGGGAGCCCUGACUCCACUGCUGACCCAUGGCAGGGUGCACUUCCUGUGGAUCAAACAUAGCAACCUUUACUUGGUGGCCACCACGCUCAAGAAUGCCAACGCCUCCCUGGUCUACUCGUUCCUCUACAAGGCUGUGGAGGUGUUCUCUGAGUACUUCAAGGAGCUCGAGGAGGAGAGCAUCCGAGACAAUUUCGUCAUUGUCUAUGAGCUGCUGGACGAGCUCAUGGAUUUUGGCUUCCCCCAGACCACGGACAGCAAGAUCCUCCAGGAGUAUAUCACCCAGCAAGGCAACAAAUUAGAGACGGGCAAGUCCCGGGUGCCCCCAACAGUCACCAAUGCUGUGUCCUGGCGUUCAGAGGGCAUCAAAUAUAAGAAAAAUGAGGUUUUCAUUGAUGUGAUUGAGUCUGUCAAUCUACUGGUCAGCGCCAACGGCAGCGUGCUGCUGAGCGAGAUCGUGGGCACCAUUAAGCUGAAGGUGUUCCUGUCGGGCAUGCCGGAGCUGAGACUGGGCCUCAAUGACAGGGUGCUUUUUGAACUGACUGGCCUUUCAGGCAAUAAAAACAAGUCUGUCGAAUUGGAAGAUGUGAAGUUCCAUCAGUGUGUACGGCUCUCUAGAUUUGACAAUGAUCGAACCAUCUCCUUCAUCCCACCCGAUGGGGACUUUGAGCUCAUGUCUUAUCGGCUCAAUACCCAGGUAAAACCACUCAUCUGGAUCGAGUCCGUCAUUGAGAAGUUCUCCCACAGCCGCGUAGAAAUUAUGGUGAAGGCAAAGGGACAGUUUAAGAAGCAGUCAGUGGCCAACAGUGUGGAGAUUGCGGUCCCCGUGCCCAGUGACGCAGACUCCCCUCGAUUCAAAACCAGUGUGGGCAGUGCCAAGUAUCUGCCUGAGAAAAAUGUCGUUAUCUGGAACAUCAAGUCCUUUCCCGGAGGAAAGGAGUACCUAAUGAGGGCACACUUUGGCUUACCCAGCGUGGAGAAGGAGGAGGUGGAGGGCCGACCUCCCAUCUCUGUCAAAUUUGAGAUUCCUUAUUUCACUGUCUCUGGGAUUCAGGUCCGGUACAUGAAGAUCAUUGAGAAGAGUGGUUACCAAGCCCUUCCCUGGGUUCGAUACAUCACCCAAAGUGGGGAUUAUCAGCUUCGGACCAGCUAGAAAAGAAACAGAUCCUGGAACCCUGGAGGCUGAAGUCUUGCCCUGUGGACUUUCCUGCCCAAAGUUGUUUUUUUUGUUUUUUUUUUUUUGAGAGUGUAUAUGUUUGUGAGAGUGGCUGGCCCCUGUUCUAUUUGGAGAAACAUCUCAUCUGUGUCUAUGAAUGGGAGGCAACUCUGUGUUUAGGGGCCGCUUUGGCCCUUAGCUGUUUGAGGGGCCUUUAGGGCCCCUGUUGGUGAAGUCUGCCUUGUCUGUAUUUGGAAGGGUGGGCAUUGGUGACUCUUGUCUGAGUCUCCAACCCUUCAUUGUCCCCACUUCUCAUGGGGGGGGCAAGCCUGCAGAGGACCUCAAAAAGCUGGAGCCCCUUCCCCUCCCUGUCUCAGAUGGGAUUUCCCUUAGGACACAGGGGUCUGCCUAGAGCUCUCUCCUUUGUAUUUAUAUAUGAAGUAAAAGUGGGGAGACUGAUUUAUCCCCCCCCCUCCGCCGCCUCAGUGCCUUGCCAGGAGAGCCUGCUGUGCCUUGGACCCCCCUGAGUUUUCCACCCUCCUCGAUUCUGAGAAUGGGUUUUUCUCCUCCCUAUUUAGUUUUAGGAUUUAAGAUUAAAGAAAGUUGAGACUUGAUGAAUCCACUGCA